UGCGUAAUAACUGCGUUUCAGCGUAGCGGUACGUCAUUGCUGUACUUCCCCUACUUCGUUAAGUUCGUCUCCAUCUUGAGGCGAUGUGUGUUGCAGCCGCAGUGUUGUGUUUGUGGUCGAACAGAGCGGUUACAGUGCAGUGUGCUCAGAGUGAAACAAAUGGGCAGUUCUGAUUAUUCCAGUACAACAAAAGAAAUACGAUAUCAGUACACAAGAGUUUGAUGUUAUCGUAGUUAAAUCCUAGCCUACUGCAGGUGUUUGACUAAGAAUUCUGGCACCAGUUUGCAAGAAUGGGAAAUAACAACACAAGACCCAGCUCAAAUAGUGGACAUACUGCACAAUAUAGUGUCCCCAGUAGCACACAAGUAAAUAACAGUAGGCAAUUUGGAUCAGCUUUUCCACACACAACUCAUUACGUUGUUUCAAACAGAACAUCAGGAAAUACUGUCUACAGUGCACAGAGUAGUGUUGCAGAUACAAUAUCUAAUACAAGAACAGGAACAGGACUAAAUAAACCAGUAGCUGGUAAAACUCAGUCUUUUGAGCCAGACUUAAACCAUCCUUACCAGAGACUGCAGUCAGAACUGGCAGAAGAAGCAAGAGUGCAUCAUGUCCACAACCAGCAAGAGCCGAUGUCAUCAUUUAACAGAGACGCUGCAACUAAAGUAGUUAGUGACGUCCCUGUAAAGAGCAGUCAGCAUCUUGCAAAAGGUCCGUCUGAUGGGUUCAAUGAAACUUUAUCCCGUCCUUUUCCUGCAGCUAAAUUUGUGGGAGCACAAAGCUCAACACAAAACAGUCAAGUUCCCAAAGUUCAGAAUGUUACAGGGAAGUCAUUGACGGCAAACUUUGCACCUUCAGCACCUACUUUCAGUGAACUUCACUCAGAAGUUCCAAUGGCACGUGUAAUCCCUUCUGUUGUGAUGGCCAACAAACAAAAGGAAGAUUACCAGAAAUCUAUAAAAGAAAAUUUUAACUGCUCAUCUCGGGGACAGUUAGUGGGAGAAAAUGGACAGUCUACCAAGAUAAAUGUGAUUCAGCCACAUUCUUCAGGGACAGGCAACAUACUCAAGCAGAAUGAGGGUAUCCGGUCAAAAGACCUUGUAAAAGAACAAAGUGGAGAUGUGUCAAAGACUGUUAUUUCUGACCAUGAAUGGCAACAACGUAUUAGUUCCCUCAGUUCAGAGCUUACUGAGAGCAGUCAGUCACAGAACAAUAAUUAUAGUAGUGCAGAGAGUCGAGCAAGUCAUGGUAGCCACAGUUCAAGAACGAUAGUGGGAGACACAAGACAGGGUCAAAGUGGCAGUUAUUUGAACAAGGGAUUUUACAAUGAAAACAAAGUAGGAAAUUGUGACUUGAGGCAGAAGUGUGCCGAACCCAGAUAUUUCAUUGGUUAUCAUCGGUUGCUUGAGUUUGUAGAUGGAGAUCCUGAAGAGGCAGUUAUAGUUCUUGCAAAUAAACACUCCGGAUUUUAUGAGCUGCUGAAAGACAACUUGAAACCAGAUUGGUUGGUGUUGGUAGUGAAAUUGCUUGCCAACAUAUGCAAGACUAAUUUAUCUGACAAGAAAGUUGCAGUUCUUUCCGAGACCUGUUCACUGGGCUUUCAUGAGCAGCUGUCAUUAUAUCUGUCUAGUUUAUCGCCAAAGCAAAAUGAAAGUGAUAAACUUCAUCUAAGAACUUUUAUUUAUAAUUUAAUAAAAUUAUAUGCAACUGUAGUGGAAUUAAUUCCAAACACUGGUUGCGAGCUAGCGAUGUUGGCUACAAUUGAUGCUGCCAUUAAGACUUCAGCUCAGUAUCUUGGAGCAUCUUACACUGAUGAUAUAUUCAAUAACCUUGUAGAUUUGAAAAACCAAAUCAAACUGUCUGGAGACAAUGAGAGAAAAGGGCUGCAGAAAGAAAUAAACCUAGCUGAGGAACUUUCUGCAACUAACUUCAGAGAACUGUGUGUUCUCCCAACAACAAGUGAGCUUACGAGCAAUCGAGAACCAUUCCUUCGAGCCAUCUUAAUGCAGGGAGCAUAUACAAAUGCAGAGCAUUACUUAGAUGUCCAUUUUAGGCUUCUGAAAGAAGAUUUGAUAAGGCCACUACGUGAAAACAUUAACAGACCUUGGAAAGGCAAAACUCCAAGAUUUAGAAAUUUGAGACUGUACAGGAAAGUGUACUUCACACGGUGGACAAUGGUAGGAGGUAAAAUAGGCCAUAUAGUGAGCUUUGACCCCGAUAAUUAUAUGGAAAAGGCUAAACUGACCAGUUGUGGAAUGCUGCGGAGUGAUUCUCUUCUCUGUUUCUCAAAUAAUAAUUUUAAAGAUGUAUUAUUUGCAACUGUGAUGUGUAAUUACGAUUUCAUGUUAAAAAAAGGAUACGUAGUUGUUUGCUGUUUAGAUAUGGAAGAAAGUAGAAAUAAUGAAAUGUAUAGCUCUCCUUAUGUGAUGAUAGAAUUGAAGUUAAACUUUAAGCCUUAUUUCCAUACACUUAAGGCCUUGCAGAAAAUGCAAGUAAAUGAAUUUCCAAUGCCACAGUAUAUUAUCGAUGUUGUGAACCAGAGAAUGCCUCCAGAAUAUCUGUGGGAUGCACAGAAUGGGAGAUCCAAACUACUGAAAAUCGAUGGAAAAGAUGUUGUUGCCACAGAUAUUGAAUCUUGGCCAAAGGCAUCUCAACUUCAACUAGAUGAGUCUCAAUACAGCGCAUUUCGAACAGCUCUGACAGAGAAAUUUGUUCUCAUUCAAGGACCACCUGGAACCGGCAAAAAGUUUUUAAGUCUUAAAAUAAUGAAAACCUUUCUUGAGAACAGACAAGCAUGGAACUCCAAGAAAGCACCAAUACUGGUUAUUUGUCUUCGAGAUCGUACCCUUGAUCAGUUAAUGGAAGGCUUCUUGAAGUUUACUCCAAAUAUAGUUCGCAUUGGAGGGAAAACCAUGAAUGAACAGGUUACCCAAUUAAACCUUGCAGAAAAACAAAAAUUGAUUAAAAGACGUGGUCCCAACUAUCACGUAUUCUGUCACUUGAGAAAUAGUUUAUCAGCUGUUGUUUCCUCAUUUAAGAAACUGGAGCGUGACAUAAAUGCUAUAGAUAGCAAUUGUGGUAUUUUGUCCAUCACAUCACUUGAGUCGUGUAUGUCAGAAGUACAUGUUAACUCAUUCAAAAACAAUAUUAAUCAAGUAGACAAUUCAUUAUUCCUUAAAUGGCUAGAAGAAGGGAUCUCUACUACCUCAGCUAAUGAGACAGAAACACCAGCUUAUAUUGAUUCCUUGGAAGAAACUGUCAGUGUCAGAAGCAACAACAUAACGUGUGACAUUACACUGCCUGAUGAAACUGAUGACGACUUAGGCCUAGAAGUGGAUCUGAAAAAGUCAAUUGAGCUUAUAAAUUUUGCUUUGGAUUUCAAGGCCUCACAAGAAGCUAUUGAUGUAUUAAGAGAGACCAUAAGAAAUAUAAGGGAAAAAUCAAGUGAAGAAGGUGUGUUCAAUUCAGUGCAGAAAUAUGAGGAAGAGUUGAGAAGACUUACAGUUAAGUUGAAAUAUUUUCAGAACAGUCUGCUGGCAGAUCAAAAGUUGAAUGAGAAACUGGACCCAUUGCAUAAUUUGUCAGAUCUGUGGGCCAUAGACUCAGCAGCUCGAUGGUCUCUGUAUAGGCAGUGGGUUUCAACACUGAAAUGUAGACUGUUGGAAGAAUUACAGCAAUUAGCGUCAGAUGUUAUUUCGAAAUCGAAGAAAUUUGAGGAGUUUAAAGCAGUGGAAGAUUAUGAGCUACUCUUGAAUUCAGACAUUGUUGGCAUAACUACAGCUGCAGCUGCCCAGUUUCAGCCUCUGCUGAAGAGACUGGAAUGUAAAAUAGCUAUUGUAGAAGAAGCAAAUGAAAUACUGGAAUCACAAAUUGCAGUUUUUCUUACAAGUCAUUGUCAACAUCUCAUCAUGAUAGGAGAUAGUUUGCAACUACGAGCUUCUACAUCUGUUUAUGAAUUGCGUCAAAAGUAUAACCUAGAUCUGUCAUUGUUUGAACGAAUGUUGAACAAUGGCAUACAUUGUGAGAUCUUAAAGACUCAGCACCGCAUGCGAUCAGAGUUUGUUAGACUUUUAGUGCCUGCUAUAUAUCCUGCAAUAAAAACUCACACCUCUGUUAAAAAAUAUGAAGAAAUUGCAGGAGUUGUAGGCAACUUGUUUUUUAUAACACAUCAACAGACAGAAGAAGAGGUACCUGGCUUAAAGAGCUACCGUAACCCACAUGAAGGAGAUUUCCUUGUUGCCCUCUGCAGGCACCUCAUUCUACAGGGACAUUCUCCAGAAAAUAUUACUAUAUUAACAACAUAUGUGGCUCAGGUGUUUUAUAUUCAGCAGAAGCUGAAGUCAACUUCACUGAUAAAAGAAGUAAGAAUUGUAUGUGUGGACAAUUUCAAAGGUGAAGAAAAUGACAUCAUCUUAUUGUCACUAGUGCGAAGCAAUAAGGAUGGUAAUAUUGAUUUUUGGAAGGUAGAAAACCGAAUUUCUGGCGUCCUUUCCAGAGCAAGGAAAGGAUUUUACAUCAUUGGCAACAUGGACUGUUUUACUUCAGUUAGUGAUACAUGGAAAAAAAUAAACAAUGCAUUCAAGAGUAUGGCAGCUAUUGGACCCAGCCUUGCACUACACUGCAAGUUUCAUAGUGAACAGCUGAGUUAUGUAUCUUCGGCAAGUGAUAUUGUGAGCUUGCUGGAGGAAGGAUGUCAGCUUCCGUGUAAUGACAGAUUGCCAUGUGGCCAUACUUGUCCCCUUUCUUGCCAUUUAGAGGACCGCGAUCAUUCAAAGGUCAGGUGCACAAAAUUGUGUGAAAGAUCACCAGCAGGCUGCAAGUUUGGUCAUCAGUGUGAGAAACAGUGUUAUGAAGAGUGUGGUGUCUGUGGCAUCUGUGGAAAUAAAGUCGUGAAGAUAUUGCCUUGUGGCCAUACUCUAGAAGUGGAGGGCAACAUAGAUGCAGCUAAGCAGCUAUGCACAGUUAGCGUUCUUAUUAAGCUUCCGUGUGGCCACGAAACUGUGAAGCCCUGUCACCAGAAAGCAGAAAAAAUCGUCUGCCCACAUCCUUGCGAGAACCGCUUACGAUGUGGACACCAGUGCCUUAGAAAAUGUCACAUCAAUCAUGAUCCAGAUCAUUUAAGAUACCAGUGCAGGAAAAAAUGUGGACGAAAGAACAUUGGCUGUAGAAAUGAUCAUAUGUGUCAGAAAUUAUGUUAUGAAGACUGUUCUCCCUGUAUUGUUAAUGUAAAACAGAAACUUGCUUGCAAUCAUUUAGUGGAGAUUCCAUGCAAACAAGACCCGAAAGAAGUGAAAUGUCAGAUGAAUUGUACGAAAAAGCUACCAUGUGGACAUCCAUGCAAAAUGCGUUGUGGUGAACCCUGUGGGAACUGUCAAGUGGAGAACUGGAAUGCUCAGUGCAUACCUUUAUCAACUACCAUAUUUCAAAAUGAGUCAAAGAGUUUCAAACUUCAGAAACAAAAGGGAAACGGCGAGCUAUCAUAUGUUGUUAGAAAUAUGUGUGUUUUUAUCUUACCAAGUUGGUGUAAGGCAACACCAUUUGAUAUUAGCAAGUACAGAUUAGCAUAUAGAUACAGCCAAGGAUCACCAGCAGGCUGCAAGUUUGGUCAUCAGUGUGAGAAACAGUGUUAUGAAGAGUGUGGUGUCUGUGGCAUCUGUGGAAAUAAAGUCGUGAAGAUAUUGCCUUGUGGCCAUACUCUAGAAGUGGAGGGCAACAUAGAUGCAGCUAAGCAGCUAUGCACAGUUAGCGUUCUUAUUAAGCUUCCGUGUGGCCACGAAACUGUGAAGCCCUGUCACCAGAAAGCAGAAAAAAUCGUCUGCCCACAUCCUUGCGAGAACCGCUUACGAUGUGGACACCAGUGCCUUAGAAAAUGUCACAUCAAUCAUGAUCCAGAUCAUUUAAGAGUCCAUUCGCAGUGUAAAGAAUAUGUAAGACUGAGAGGACCUUGUGGAAAUUUAGUUACUGUUGCUAGCGCACCAACAGUGAAAGCCAAGUAUCUGGGUCUGGCACAGUUUUAA